UGUUGAUGGACAGGAAAGCCUGGUGUGCUACAGUCCACGGGGUCGCAAAGAGUCGGACAUGACUGAACAACUGAACUGAACUGAAGUCAACCCGCAUGGCCAAAAAGAGAGAAGAAAGAAGAUGGCAUUGCUACUAACAAGUUUUGAAGAUAAGUCCUGGAUAUAACUAAAUAUUCUAACUCUAGGACAAGAAAAAUAAUUUUUCCUCUACCUUCUAGGUUCUGUCUGUGUUCCCCUCUGUCAUAAAAAAUAAAUUAACAAAGGUAAGUGUUGCCCUAAGACAAUCAGACCGUCAGGCUUUUUUCCAGCAAAUAAAAAAAAAAAAAAGUUUAUUUGGGAUCAGCAAAGAAUUGUAAUUUUGGGUAGGCAACCAUGGUAAGACACAUGCAAAUCCUCAGCAAAAAUGGAGAGGAGAACCCUUUUAUAGAGGAGAAAAAGAAGUUGAGAGGGCUACAGUAAGCAAAGAGCAUGUGACUUUUCUUUGGCUGAAUUGCAACAGUCUCUUAAGAUCUGAGCCAGAAGAGGCAAUCUUCCUUCUUCCCAUUGGCUCUGCUAUCCUUGUAGAGAGUGAAAGCUUCCCCUUCUGGUCUCCUGACUCCAUUUAAAUGAGAUUUCUAUUAUUAAUUUUUUUUAACAAAAAACAAACAGAAGCUUAACAACAUGGAUAUUUCCCAUAUACAUAGGAGAUACCCAGGAAAGCUGAUUAAAACUUGACAAAUGGACCAAGCUGCUACUUCAAAUAACAUUUUUAGCUAGAGGCAAAAGUUGGGGAUAGUAUUUGGGGAUUACAAAGGGAAGGGAGCAAUUCAGCAGAAUUUGAAAGGAGCAAACAUUUGGUCAACAAAUAUUUGUUAAGCCUUGCAGAGAUCAUGGGAACAGAGAAAAAAAUUUAACAGACUUUAACAGACCUCCCUGUCUACACAUCUAGUUCAUAUUAUACUGUAAUUAUCCAUGGUGAUAGCUCUCUUCCUGAAAUAAGUCCUCUAUCUACAUUCUGUUGACUGAAAAAAAUUCACAAUCUAAAAGUUGAGAAUUAUGUUUUAUUCAGUGGACUUACUGAGGACUUAAGCUUGGGAGACAGCCUCUCAGCUCUAGGGACUGUUUUGCAGAAGUAAGGGAAGAACCAGGAUAUAUAGGAACUUUUCCCAAAAAAACCCACAAAUAGUUGGAAUAUCAAGAGACUACUGUCAAUUAAAGAAAAACCAGGCAACUCAAGUUUAACAAAUUUAGCACUUUUCCUUGUACAGAAAGAUGCAAGAGUCUAGACUCACCAAAAUCUUUCCCUGAUAUACACCUUAACUAUCUAGGCCUGUAUCCUGUUUAUCUCCAGCCUGAAUUCAACUACUGCAAAGACUGCUGGCUUGAUGGCCUCAACAUCCUUUGUUUCCUGGAAUGGCAGGUGAUAUUCUUUGUCCACAACUCUUUUAGGUAGUUAGGGAGAAGGUCAAAUGUUCUUUCAAAAUCUUUUGGACCUUAAUUGUUUUCAGCUCAAAAUAAUCCACCUGCCAAAGAGACAUAUUUUGGGGAGGCAAAUGUUACUCCCCUCAGAGGCAUACUUUGGGUGGUAUAUUCUGCUACACUUCAUGAUACUCUGAUAACAAGGUGGCCCAGUGAGAAAUUCAGCCCAGGAGACUUAGCUAGAAACAGCCCUUGAAGAAAAAUGUUAAUAGAAAACACAUUUGAGGAUCUCACUUUAUCUGCAAAAUGUGCCUUUGACUAGAUACUUUUCAAUUCUCAAUGGAAGUCCAGAAGUUUACAAUUUCAGGUGCGGUUUCCCUCUCUUAAAUUCCCCUGGAUCGUAACCAUCCAGGGAAUUUCUCCUAGAAUUUUGUUGGGAAACCAGUUUAGGAGCCAAAUCUCUGGUUGUCUCCUGAAACCCCCCUCUGGGGUUAUCCAGGGCCUUAUAAUUUCUUAAUGCCCACAGGUCAGUCUUUGAAGUUUGACUCCUUUGCUCCAGGCUAUUCUCAGAGUGAACCCAAGUGUUCUAGAUGAGAAGAUACAGGAACUGGUUCUCAUAGUAAGUCUGUCUUACCCCUCUCCCCACAACUACUGCCAAGUAAUUGGAGUGCUGUACCUCCCACUGCUAUUCCUUCCAUCUUUCCUUCACUUUUGAGAUUUCUUGGCUCUAACGAAAGGGGAAACACACACACUCUCUGCUCUUCAGAUCCAUAAACUGAUCCCCACUUUGACCAGUGACAGGAGUGUUGGAUCUAAAUAGGGUGAGUUAUGGUUAGAAGGGCUGGUGCUGAGGAUGCUUGGAGGGAAAGGCCCAGGUAUGCUGGAAGGGGAAAUUAAGGUGGUGGGAUUGAGAACAGACAGUGAUCCAACUUGUAAGUACCAACGACCUGAAUUCAAUUCCGUAUGAAUCUCAUUGAUACAAUUCUUAAAGCCUCUCCCCACUCUUCUACCCCUCCGGCUUCCUCCUCAAUCUUCCUAAGCAUAAUAUCAUUGUCCCUUGAUAUCUAUGGAGUAUUGGUCCAGGACCCCCAUGCCCAGGAUACCAAAAUCCAGGCAUCAAGUCCCUUAUAUAAAAUGGCAUAGCAUUUGCAUUUAAUCUAUAUAUCUUAAUCAUCUCUACAUUACUUAUAAUACCUAAUACAAUUUAAAUUUUAUGUAAAUAGCUGUAAGUACAAUAUAAAUGCUAUGGAAUUAGCUGGCAGCACAAAGCAAAUUCAAGUGUUACUUUUCAGAACUUUCUGGAUUUUUUUUAAUAUAUAUUUUUAAUUUAUGGUCAUGGUUUGUUGAAUCCCUGGGUGCAGAACAGGUGGAUACAGAGGGCCAACUAUACACUGAAGCAGCUUGAAUCCUGGUCUUCUCAUCCUAUUUAGGCCUUCUGAGCCAGGGAUAGGGUAUCACAAAAGAGAAGCACCUAUCCCUUAUGCUGUGUUUGAUGUAGCACUUGACAUUCUCACAAAUGCUCUCAAUGCAUAUAUCUCAUAAGACUCUCGCAAGUCUGAGGGACAGAUGAUUAGGCCCAUUUUGGGGCAUCAUGCUCAGAGUUGAGAACUAGGAUAGACAUUCCACAGGGCCAGGUAUAGUCCUCAUGGUAAAUGAGGGCAGAGAGCUAGUUUAAAGGGGAGACUUUUUCAAGCAACUCUCUGUCCUAAUUUUGAACAGAGUAGCUCUUGUGAGGGCAAUUUCAAUCUUGGCACCUGAUUGAUUACAACAAUAUUUCAAAAUUGGAGCUCAUUGUGAUGAUGUUCUUAACAACAGAUCAAGAUCAUUUAUAAUGACAAUAAUUAGGGAAAUGGCUUCUGAGAAGGGGUGUGUGUAGUCAGAAGUGAUAGCCUGUUUCACAGGCUUUAGGGAAGUGUCAUAAGGAAGACGAGAUCCUGGGAAGCAACAUCUUUCAGAGUCAGUGUAGCGACAGCCUAGGAUUUCAGGGAACCAAAGCCUCCUGCUGAGAAAUAUCUCCCAAGUCUCUAUUCAUCUUCUGCAUACCCUUUAAAGGUGACAACCUUUUGCAAUUCACAAACAUACAGAUUAAAAUCCCAUUUUUUAAGGAUAUACACUCUUCUAUGAAUUGAUCUGGAUGCAAAACAGUUAGCUAAAGGGAAAUAAGUUCCUUAAUUCAGAUAGAAGAGAGGGCAGACAAGAGGUAUUUGGAACUGUCAAAAUAAACGUCGUUAAUUUUUUACAACUUUGCUCUUGUCUCAGACAGGCUGUAGCAUAUUGUCAUUUCUUGUAAACUUGAUUAUCUAAUGAGACUUAUCUUCCAGCCUGGAAACCAAAUGGUAAAAUUGGGUCCAGGUGCCUACACUGACAGAGAAAGGAAUUUUAAGGUGGAGCUCAGCUCUUAGGGCAGUGUUGAGAUAAUGCUUUCCUCUCUCUUCCCUGUGGAUCCACAGGUGGUCCUGGUGACUGAAAUGGCAUCCACUCUAAAGGUCCUAGGCUCUCUGUUGGCUCUGCUGUUUCCUCUAUGUGGGCUCUUUGUAUACAGCCAGAACCUUUCCUGGAGGGAAUUUAUGAAACAGCAUCACCUGAGCACAAAUUGGGAAUUCAGCAAGUACAAAUGCAAUGAUCUGAUGAGGGAAAGAGGCAUUCCAAAAGACAAGAACUAUCACAUCUUCAUCUAUACCUUAUGGCACAAAAUUGUACAUAUAUGCAUGAGGAACUGGGGAGACCGCCACAGAAAUGUAUAUAUAUGGGCCACAUAUCCCUUCGAGGUACUCAAGUGCAUCCGAAAGAACAGCAGAGGCAAUUACAAAGAUUACAAGAGCUACAGCUACAUUGAAUUCCAUUGCAGCAUGAAUGGGUUUGUUGAUGGCAUAGAGGACAUGCGGUUAUUAGAAGAUAUCAGCAACUAGAAAGUCCACCCACACCCACAGCUUUCAGUGUUCAGUGCUCCCAAGUGGUGGCCCCGCGUACAUUAAGAGCCCUUACGUUUAUGUACCAACAUUUUUCAACUACUUAGCAUUUUUCACGUGGUUUCUUGCUCUUAUAACUGCCUGUGUUGUUUCUCUGCUGGAAUACCCUUCCCCUCUCAUUUAUCUGAUUUUCUUCUUUUUUUUUUUUUUUUUUUUAAGAUUCUGCACAUAUGGCGUCUCUUUUUUUACUAUCCCAAGAAUUUUCCUGAUAUUGAUUCUGCUUAUACCUUUGCAAACUGAAUGAUCUUCCCAUCCCUAAAUAAAUUAUAUCAUUCCAAUGUAUAUGGCACGUAUGUAUGUAUACAGAGUAUGUGUUGUGUGAUUAGUACAGGAGUUUUAAGUGUGUGUUAUAUAGCUUAUGCUUAAAUGUGAUUUGUACUGUUUAUAGGUUUAAAGCAUGUUAUAUGUGUCUGUCUACUGUGUGUAAUAGGUUUCUGUGUGUGAUGAAUGUAUAACUAUUUAUGCACUAAGCACGGGAUAAGAUGUGACCUAGGCAUUGAUGGUGGGGACAUGUUGAGUUCCACCCAGAUUUGUGGGUGUGACCAAAGCUGAUUAGGUAUAAAAUAUGCAGCAUGUUCCUGGCACAUAGCAGGUGCUCAGUCAACAAUGAUUUUAUUCCUUCCUCAUCCUUUGACUUGGUAUUUUGACUUUGAGAAAACAAACAUGACAAGUGCCCAGCAAUUGUCUGCUCUCUCUAGGUUUCAUUAAAAGUAUCUAUAAGGAGGGUACUGCAUUUUAGAUGAGUUAAGGUCAUAUGUUUCCUGAUGAAUAAAAUAUCAAGUAGAAGAUAUGAACAUAAAUCAGUUUAUCUGCUAAUAAUCAUGUUCACUUGGCAGAAAUAUAAGGUAAGGUUGUUGCUGCUGCUGCUGCUGCUAAGUCGCUUCAGUCGUGUCCGACUCUCUGCAACCCCAUAGAUGGCAGCCCACCAGGCUCCCCCAUCCCUGGGAUUCCCCAGGCAAGAACA